ACUGCAUAUUGUCAUGUGUUGGAAAAUUAAUUAUCUACUAUAAAUAGUGUUUAUAAAUUGUCACGAAUACAUGUCACGAAAUUACAAUGGAGCAAGAAGAAGUCAAAGUAACAGUGAAGCCAGAAGUUGAAAAACUACAGCAAAUUAAACGGAUUUAUCGGGGUGCCCAGGAUAUUAUUGCCAAGUUAGACAACAUCUUGAGACACAGGCAACCUUACCGCAGUGUCUUUGAAUGGGAUGCUAUUGAACUCCGCAUGAAACUGAAGGACCUGUGUGAGAGGUUAAUGUUUCUCCAGCCAGUGGAUUACGGACGAAAGGCAGAGGAACUUUUAUGGAGGAAGGUCUACUAUGAUGUCAUCAGUGUCGUCAGGAAAAACAAAAAACACGUACGCCCGGGAUCCUCCCUGGAGUGUGCCUACCACACCCAUCUGCUGGCAGCUACUGGCUUCUACCAUCACCUGCUACUGAGGCUACAGCAGCAGUACAGACUGAAUCUACGCGGUAUUGUGGACUUUGUUGAUGCUGGAGAUCACUGGAGCAGUAGAGGUCCUUUACCGCCGCCAGGUAGCAAGCGAGCCAAAGCCAGAGAUUGGUCUGAGAAAGCCUGCCAUCGUUGUCUCAUCUACUUGGGAGAUCUUGCUCGCUACAGACAAGACUUUGAUGGAUUCCGUAGCUGUCGGCAAGCAGAGCGAUUCUACCACCAAGCACUGCUGCUGAACCCCGCAAUGGGAAUGCCUCACAAUCAGCUGGGCACACUGGCAGGCAACAGACAUCAGGGACUGGAUUGUGCCUACCACUACCUCAGAUGCUGGUUGUCAGAGAUACCUUUUGAUGGGGCGAUUGAUAACUUGGAGAAGACGUUGGAACAAAACACUAAGAGAUAUCUUGAGCUUCCCCGCCAGAUCAACCGUGACCUUCCCCCAGACAUGCAAAGACCCAGGGAUUUGAAGCAGUUCCUGAUCAAGUUCCUGUACCUUCAAGAGCUGCUGCAACCAAACGCCUGGCCCUCCCAGGAGCAGCUGGCCACUCUAUGCCAGACGGUUGUCCACGAUUUCAGUCUGUGCAUGUACCACACCGGAACCCAUCGACGGACGAUGCCACUUCCAAAGGCCACCGCCACCUUACCAAGAGUAGGGGACACCCUGAAAGAGUCGACGAUAUCGGACGAUCUCGUGUUUAAGAUCUUUGUCAUGAUGUUGAUGACGAUAUACAAACUGCAGAAGAAAGAGCGUAGGUGGGUGUCGGCGUCCAUUGCUUUCAUGCUGGCCAUGUUCACUCAUCUCUUAACGCAUGUCAACGAACGAAUCCAGAAUGCUCUAUACGAGGCCAAGCAUCCCAAACUGAUCAAGGAAUCUGAUGAAAGUUCAGAUGAGAGCAGUAGCCAGACCGACGAGUCAGGGAAUGAACGUCUCAGUAUUGCAGGCACCCUCACCCCAACGCAUAGUCAGGAAGUAGAAAGCUCUGGUACAUGCAGUGACGGCACGGUUAAACGUCCACACCCAAAAAAGGACAAGCGACGUAAAGCCUUAAACAGGCGUAGGAGGCGCCCUAUGUCUGGCCGUACAGAGAGCGAUGAUUCAGACCUCAGCGAAGGCGCCCUGAGUGCCAGCGGUGGAUCCGACUUCAGCUCCAGCGCUGGGGAGGGAUCAAGCGAGGGCGGGCUUCUGGCGUUGUCCGACAGUGACUAUUUGAUGGACAGCCAGGACCAAGAGGAAGAAAAAUCUCCAGAGAAGAGUAAAGAACUCAAGGAAGAACAAGACGCAGGAAAAGAGAAAACGCCCGGAGCAAAGGAGCAAACAUCACAAUCAGAUAAAGUCAAGGAAUGGUCAUCUACGAGUCCUAGCACCCUCGCCCAGAACCUCCGAGAUCUUUCUUCAAGGCUCCUCGCCCCAAGCCCAACAGGAUUUCUGAAGCGUAACAUCCGCCUUGCCCCCAGCUUUGAUGCGUACAACAAGGAGAGGUCCGACGACCAGACGGGGGAUAAAGCAGGAGAGACCGGGGGAGCACAGGAUGGUGACAUGUCGGCUGGAAAAUCAGGUGGUGAAACCAUUGGCCAAUCCGGUGGCUCUUCAGGAGGUGACUCUGAAAACAAACCGUACCCCCUGGAGCUUCUCGUGAAGGUGUUGAAUGAAGAGAGACUUCUGUGCACCAUCAAACUCAUCACUGAUUGGCUGAGAGGAAACAGUGAUGUCAUCACUACAACAGCUGAGAAUACCCAGAUGUUGUGGUCCAGGCUCGCCAUUUUUCUGAAUCAACUUCCUCCGGUACCAGAUAUUUGUUCCGAGGAAUGGUGCAAGUCUUCCGAAGCGCUCGAGUCCAUUGCUUCCAGUCUGCAGACAUCGGACGGCUCCUGGCAACAAAUUAUCCCAUUAACGGAGGAUAUCGCCGUGAUGAAACUGCCCUCGCUUGGUGACACACAGAAGGUCAUGACCUUUGACCUUCACCUGAACCACGACCUAAACGAAAGGGAUGAGACACUUCUGCGAAUAACGUGUCUCCACCAAUUCGGCCAUUUUCUCACCAACGUGAAAGGUUUGAAUUUCUCGUUUGAUCCGGAGGGACAACUUUUCAACGCUCAGGCGAGCGAUGCUGAAGAUGUCAACCCUCCUGAAGCUAGUUCUGAGGCAGCCGGGACUGAGACCAAACCAGUUGAGAAAGAUGAAAAGCGUAACCAAGUGAUGAGGGACCUGGCAGUCCGCUGGCUGGAGCAUGAGAUUGAGCAGCUUCAGGAUCAGGUUGAGGAUGGAGCGGCAAAUACACAGUUCUCUCCUUACCUCGUCCCCGACGCCAAUGCUCUCAUGAACCACCUGGGUCUCAUUCAACUCUUAGCGGACAGUGAGCGCUUCAUCAUCGUUGUACCCUAUGCAGUUGUGGGUCACUUAGACCACUUUAAGAAGAAGCAUUUUGAGGCCAGAGAGGCGAGUCGAUUCCUUGAGCAGAUCCUCAAGAAAGGAAGCAGACAUAUCCGAGUCCAGAGAGCGCAUGAAGUAGUCUCACUUGACAAGGAGAAAAAACCAAAGGACAAGGACAAGUCUAUUAAGACACUUUACCACAUCAUCGAAUGCGGCCUCUACUUCAGCCAGAGAUCGGCCUCCCAAGGUAGCGAUAGCCACGGGAUGGUGACCAUCCUGACAGACUACCGGCCAGGUCAGCUGGCCGCAUCUCAGCCAGCGCUUGGCGCGGUGGAGACAGCUCAGGGGAGAGGUCUGCGCGUGGAAAACGCCUCCGAGUUCUACGACUCAUGGAAGAAUUCGCAGAGUUGAUGAUGAGUGAAUCUAAAAGACCAGCACAAUCAACGAUAGUAAUAGAAAGGUAACUUUUAAAUACUUUUUGAUUUGUUGUUAUUUCAUUAAGUUUUAAAAGUUGUUAUGGACAUUAUGCAUUGACAUCAUCAUGCCGCCGUCUUAAGGGAAAUAAGCAGAAUAAAAUGAUGUUUAGUCCACAUCGUGUGAAAUGUACCUCUGCUCUGCACGAGCACAGGUCUUUUUUUGACUUUGAUCGAGACAGCGAGAAAAAACACAAAGCUGAGAAAAUUCACUACGAUCUUCUGUGGAUAUGUGAAUGAACACUCUACGGGCUCGCCCACCGAAACCAAGGGCCGGACCAUAGUUUAGCUAAAGUUACAACGUUGGACGUGUUCGCGGUUGACCAACAUCCGUGGUCAAGACAACAGGAACACAAGUUGAAGGACCCUAGUUUGUAUUUGUGGUGUGGAAAGGGCUUUAGAGUUAUAAAACAAUCCUGAAACAUUGUGAAAAUUCACUAUGAUCGUCUGUGGAUGCAGUGUGAAUGAACUAGGACCGUGGUUUUAGCUAGAGUUACAACGGUCAAGCCAACUGGAGCACAAGUCGAAGGACCCUAGUUUGACCUUGUGAUGUGAAAAGGGCUCUAGGAAACAACGCUGAAACAUAGACAAAAAUCAUUUGUUUGAGUGAGACGAAAAUUAUUUUAGCAUGUACAAGGGAUUUACGCUAUUCUCCUGAAAACAUUGCUCU